UAGGAAUUCUGACUCAGUUGGUUAAAGCUCGUCACUCUGUUUACUGUUGCGCUGCCUUCGACGACGCACGACGGACGCCGCGUCGGGUUAUCUAUAAAAGAGUCAAAUUACUAUUUUUUGUUACUGGUUGUGACUUUUGCGGUCGUUAACAUAUUUAAAUAAUUCUUCAUUUUUUGUUUUUACUUUUUGAUAACUUUUGGUUUUUAUUCCGAAUUAUAAUAUUAUUAAACUUGUUUGUUUAUAGAGUUUUAUUUUUGUAAUCCGAAUUUAAGUAACUAACUAAAUCCACUUAAAGUUCAUUUGUCGAAAAAAUUAAAAAUGGCCGUUGUAAUUAAGCGGUUAUUGUGCUUGGACCUGCCAACUGCCGGUCUUGUCAUAGGAUAUCUUGGAGUUUUUUGUGGAAUAUGGGAGUUGAUUGAAAUACUCCUAGGUAUUGUUUACUUUGAUGAUUACUACAGUGCAAAAUAUAAGGAUCCAACAACUGUUAGGGUUUUUGACACAAGAUCGAUACACUAUUCUCUUUUGUUCUUGAUGCUUGUUGCCUCCCUUUUGGACUUGUUAACUUCGAUUUUGUUGAUUCGAGGUACAAAUAAGAACGUACAUAAAAUGCUUUUGCCAUGGUUGAUCCUUAAGGGAAUUGCUUUGACGGUUUUGAUUCCUGUCACAAGUCUAUGUGUUUUUGUUGGAGCUUAUGCACUUUUCACUGGUCAAGGAAGCCUCCUGUUGAUUAAUUCAAUUUUGCUCUUAAUUGCAGCAUGUGUAUACAGCUAUCUUUAUAUGGUUAUUUAUUCACUUUAUUAUCAUAUUCGAGACGAAAUACAAAAACCGCAACAAAUUGAUUCAGAGAACUUAUUUUCAAAUUCUAAUGUUAGAUAUAGUAAAACCUAAAAAGUUUGUAUCUUCAUUAACAAAACAAUAAUAUCUACAUAUAUUUUCGUAUAAAUAAACGGGUUAAAUAUUAAAAUGGAAUACAAAAAUAUUUAAAAGAGAAAUACGAAUUUUAUAUUGUUUGUAAGGCUUUUUUAAAACUUUUAAUAGACCAUAAUAAAAACAAAUAUAAAAUAUA